GCUCGGAUGACGAUGGUCGGCCGCGGCCUCGGCGCUGUGCGAAGUCAGCUGUGUCGGAGAUGGCGCCGGGGCCGCAUGAAUGGGGCUGAGCGCUCAGGGAAGAUGCUGACUGCGCUGGGCAACCUGGGCGUGGAGCCCGAUCUCUGGACUUCCGCCAUCGAAGUGAUCAAGAAGAACAACAGUCCAGUAAAGGACACGGCCCUCGAUGCCACUAAGGCUGAUGUGCAGGGCUACAAAUGCAGGAUAGUCCAAGGCUUAACGGACCCUGCAGCAAUCACCUUUGCCGACAUUGCACAAGAUGUGACCUAUGCUGAAUGCGUCUAUGCUCGUGUUUGGGUCUACAACCUGCUGACACGGCUUCCUUGUGGGUACAUCCCUGAUGCGCAGAAGCUUGGUGAUGUCGCUCUUGAAGACGGUCCACAAAAACGGAUGCAUUCCAGUUUUCUUCGGAGAAAGCGGCUCAGGCAAAACGGUGCACUGUUCGCGCCAGCGUACAAGAUGCUGACCGAAGACAACGCUGGCAUUGUAAGGGUUUUCGCCUGCAGGCUUCCUGAUCUGAUGGUAGUAGGCAUCUCGACAAAGGCAGGCAAGCCAGUGUGGACAACGACACUGUUAAGCGUGCGAAAUGGUGCAAGGAGUUCGUCUUGCAAGAGUUCAAGGGGCGGCUGA